CUGACGUCACUGGGAGCGGGGAGCCGGCUGUAAUGACGUCAUGAGGCUAAGUCAUGAACAUUUCUGUGACCUGGAUAUUUGCUCUGUUUAAGUGAAUCCCCGCCGACUCUGUUCGCGAUAUUCCUCGGAAAGGCACGCGCUGUGUCUGCGCUGGUCGGCGUGACUUAAUUUAUGUGCCUGGUUGCUAGUUUUAUGCUGUUCUUGUGGGCCGUAAGUGUGUGUGAAGCAGCGGACCCCAGGGACCCGCCGGUGACUCUGUGAAUCCGCUCGUAGAAGCAGGGAUGUUUGCGGCGGUGGAGCUCGGGCCCGUCCUCUGCAGCGACUCCAACAUCCUGUGUCUGUCCUGGAAGGGCCGUGUGCCCCGCAGCGAGAAGGAGAAGCCCGUGUGCAGGAGGCGCUGCUAUGAGGAGGGCUGGCUGGCCACAGGGAACGCCCGGGGGGUCGUGGGGGUCACCUUCACCUCCAGCCACGGCCGCAGAGACCGCCCCCCCCCACAGCGCACCAACUUCAACCUCCGGGGACACAACAGUGAGGUGGUGCUGGUGCGGUGGAACGAACCCUUCCAGAAGCUGGCGACCUGCGACACCGACGGCGGGAUCUUCGUCUGGAUCCAGUACGAGGGCCGCUGGUCAGUGGAGCUGGUCAAUGACCGAGGAGCUCAGGUGAGCGACUUCACCUGGUCCCACGACGGCAUGCAGGCGCUGAUCUCGUACCGCGACGGCUUCGUGCUGGUGGGCUCGGUGAGCGGUCAGCGCCACUGGUCAUCAGAGAUCAACCUGGAGAGUCAGAUCAGCUGUGGGAUCUGGACCCCCGAUGACCAGCAGGUGUUGUUUGGGACGGCGGACGGUCAGGUGAUCGUCAUGGACUGUCACGGGAGGAUGCUGGCUCAUAUCCUGCUGCACGAGGCCGAGGGCAUCACCAGCAUGUCCUGGAACUAUCCCAGCUUCCUGGUGGAGGACAGCAGCGGCAGCGACACGGACUCGGACGAACACACGCCUCUGCAGGUGCCCCGUCUGAAGCCGCUGCUGACCGUCUGCUUCACGUCUGGAGACGUCAGUCUGAUGAACAACUACGAUGACCUCUCACCCUCGUUAAUACGCACCGGCCUCAAAGAUGUGGUGGUGCAGUGGUGCUCUCAGGGCGACCUGCUGGCUGUAGCUGGGAUGGAGAGACUCGUGAUGACCUCUGACCCCACCCAAGCCACCCGAAAUGCCAUGGUUAAGUUUUAUAAUGUUUGCGGUGAGCACAUUUACUCACUGGAGACACCUGCUCAGAGGCCGAUCAGUACGCUGUGCUGGGGUCAUCGGGACUCGCGUCUGUUCCUCGCCAGCGGCCCGGUUCUGUACGUGCUUCGCGUCGAGCAUCGCGUGGCCAGUCUGCAGCUUCUGUGUCGUCAGGUGAUCGCCGGUGUGGUCCACGAGGAGAAGGACCUGGUCAAGCUCAGCAUGCCCUCUCGCCUGAGCACAUACGUGUCUUCUGCCUUCGCUCCCACCAUUAAGCCCCCCAUCCCGGAUCCCAACAGCAUGCGGGAGUUCGUUAGUUAUCCGACAUCAGGUAACGAGCGUCUGCACUGCACCAUGAAGCGCACCGAGGACAACCCCGAGGUCGGCGGGCCUUGCUUCACCCUGUACCUGGAGUAUCUGGGGGGGCUUGUCCCGAUUCUGAAAGGCCGUAGGAUUAGCAAACUUCGCCCUGAAUUUGUCAUCAUGGACCCAAAGACUGAUGGGAAAGCAGGUGGGGUUAUACAAAAUCACCUUUGUGUUUCCUUCAUUAGUUUCUGGGAAGAAGGUGAGCCCAACAAUCACGGUAAUGAAGACUGUGGCUACAUUGUAAAAACAAAUGUUUUAAGCCGUGUGGCUACAAAGAGCUGGUAUGACGCACCCUGCGUUAUGUCCUUGCCCUGGAUCUGUGAGAAGCUGCAGUCCUCUUGA